UGCAGCUCUGCGGAAGAAGGGAGGGACGGAGGGUAGGAGGGAGUCUCGGAACAGCGCAGGCUAGCAGACGCUGUCCUCUUCAAACAGAUAAGGCGGACUAACCCGGAGGCUGCAGCCCUCUGUCUUCCUCCUGUCGGCGCAGACGUGAACGCACCAUCAUCAAGCACAAGAGAACACAUGCUGUAGCGGCCUAACGCGACUGGGACUGCAGAUAGAUUACAUGCGUCAUUCUCUGUAGCUUUGUCAAGACCUGAAAUCAAAGUGCAUCAUGGAUUUUGUAAUGAAGCAAGCACUGGGAGGGGCCACCAAAGACAUGGGGAAAAUGUUAGGUGGAGAAGAAGAAAAAGACCCAGAUGCCCAGAAGAAAGAGGAGGAGAGGCAGGAGGCACUGCGGCAACAAGAGGAGGAGAGGAAGGCUAAGCACGCUCGCAUGGAGGCAGAGAGAGAAAAGGUCAGACAGAGCAUCAGAGAUAAGUAUGGACUGAAGAAGAAAGAGGAGAAGGAGGCUGAGGAGAAAGCAGCCAUGGAGCAAGCCUGCGAAGGCUCACUAACUCGCCCGAAAAAGGCGAUUCCUGCAGGGUGCGGGGACGACGACGAUGAAGACGAGGAGAGCAUUUUAGAUACUGUCCUGAAAUUCUUGCCUGGACCUCUUCAGGACAUGUUUAAAAAGUAAUGGACAUGAGACUGUAUUUAGGGGGUGGGGGGACUGCUGGGAGGUUUACUUUUGUGAGGAAGAUAUGUAGUUUGAGACUGGGGAUAGUGGGAAUCUUGCCAAACUGUGGAAGGCUUUUCACUGCCUCAACAAAGUCUUAGUUGUUAUUUCUACUGAUAAAAAAACAAUCCAUUCCCCUUACAAGUUGGUCUUGUCACUGCCAUUCAGGUUCAAAUGGUUUAUAUGUUAACGAUUUUUCUAUUGGUUAACUUAUAUGCACAACCAUGGCCUCAUACUCUGCAAAUUGUGGGCCAUUGGGUUCAUUAUAAAGGACACAACAGGAAUACAUUCCAUGCAGUUGACACUAGAGAACUCUGGCUAAGAAGUUAAGAAGCUAAGAGGGCAAUUUAAAUAACAGCAAUUUAAGCAUGAUGCCUUCCGACAACUUUCUACACACUUUGGUUGAUUUAUUAUUAUUAUUAUUAUUAUUAUUAUUAUUAUUAUUAUUAUUAUUAUUAUUAUUAUUUUGGUAAAAGUUUUCUCUUACUUAAAUGACAGAUCUUGAAUGAUUAUGGACAACAUGUUACAUGUGGGCAAUUAUUUAGGUUUGGUGUUGCCCUGCUUAGACCUAAGAGCGAACAUGAUUGUGUGCCAUUCUAGACAACCUGAAUGCUCACUAUCUAGUUGUCAUUUCUUGGAUACUCUCCUUCCUUUUGUUUUUAAAUAGUUGUAUUUUAUUCUGUGAGAGAAGUAACGCUGAUUAUUUAAUGUUUGAAAGAGACGUAAUAUGCACAUUAGUCCUGCCAGCAUGAGUUUAGGAAAGGAAAGCAUGUUUAGGUUUGCACUGGGUAAAAAAAAACAAAAAAAACACUGCCACAUUUUAACCAACCGAUUACUUCAGUGACCAAACUUUUUCUAUUAAUGAAAACUUGUUGCAUAAAAUGAUGACGCAUAAACAUAUUAUACUUGUAUUUGUAAUCCAGCCUGGAAAAAGUACUGCACUGAUGGGAGCUAGAUUUUCCGGGAAAACAAAUGAGCAAUUGAUUUAUUUGGAGGUUUCAAUUUUGCCCCUAAGGACAAUCAGAUACAACCGCUGUAGUGCAGCAAAAAGGCAUCCAUAUCAAACUUUAAUUAUGAAAUAAGCCUGCAAGUUAAUGUGCAUCCAUUAAAUCCAGCAAAAAUUCGGACAGAAUGACUUGUUUUCUUGCAUUCAGAAACAAUAGACCAAAGAAAGAAUCUAAAAUUUCUGUCAGUCUAGUCAGAUCUAGUUUUCAGUUCUGGCCUCCAAAAUCAAUGAAAUAAAGUCAAUGGAAAUACGAUAUAAUUUGACACUCUAGCUCCCUGACAACUAUACUGCCAAGAUCUUAUGCUACGUAAUCUUGAUUUCUAUAUCCGUAGAUAGAUAGCUAACUAUCUAUGUAUCUAUAGCUCACGUUAUCUCACAGCUAAAACCAAUCUAGCUAAUGAGAACAUUUUUUAAACCUUUUAACCACUGUGUGAUUUUUAACAUUAAAAUAUAAUUCCAUUAAGAAGGUGGCAAAAAAACAAAACCUAUAGGGUUACCUGGGAUGAUUUGAACAUAAAGAAAACAUUUGGAUUUUUUUCACAUUGCGUACAAAAUACAGACUUUUAUAGGGAGAGAUUUGGAAGGGUUGUAUAUAUACACGUGUACUCAUCUAAUACUGAAAAGAAAAGAAAAAAAUAGACGUCAGGUCAAAGCCUGGCCAGGUCAAUGCAUAAAGGAUAACAUACUAAAACCUUUAACUAUUGUUAGUCAGGCAAGGACUGUAGGUAUAGUUAGAAGCUGUAGAUUUACUCAGAGUCUUUAAACCCGAUUUUACAAAACUCCGUGAGCCACUCAUUAAUUGACAGAUGUGCUUCAGAACAUAUUAGAAGUAAACAUUGACAGCAGUUUUAGGUCAGAUCCAACAGGUGAGUUUUCUAUUUUGAAUAGAUAGGAAGAUAGGGUGAACUUUUUUUCUAGUGCUGAACGUUUUUUCACUAGUUAAAGCCAUAUUGUGUAGACUGCAAUAAUUAAUGAAAAACAAUAUGUAGGUAAACAAUUUUCAGUCAUGCAUUCAGUUCCUGUAAAAAUGUAGAAGUUUGUGGAUGCUUUGUGCGUCCGCCUAUCUUAUGUGUAACCUCUGACAUCAUGUAUGUGAAACUGCGUGUAUAUAUACCUAGGUAUAUAUAUGCAACGAUUCCUAAAAACAUAACUAAAAAGCCAUUGUUAAUGUCUACCGUGUGUACUACGAGUUCUCGACGUGAAUGUGUAUAUGUGUCCGUGCCCGUCUGUAACGUACGACAUUGUCGUUAGUUUAUAUGUACUGUUAAUGCUGUGGGUGUCUCCUAACUGAAUGUGCACAAGUCUCAUUGUCUCCGAGACAGCACAAUGUCUGACUUGCAUGCUGUCUGAUACCAAAACACUAGGUUCAGUGCUGUUUAUGUAUAAACGUCCCUGCAACAGAAGCUGCUGGUUCGAUUGCAGAGUAAUCUAGUUCUUCUUUUAGAACAGAGACGAAUCGUAUUUUGAGGUUUGAGAUUUACGGUGAUUGUCCUUCAGGGUCAAACAUACUUUUUGUUUUGUUUUGUUUUUCAACUCUACACUCUUAGAAAAACUUAAUACUGUACCUUUUGAGAAAUAGUACUGUACCUGUAGAACUGUACCUUUAGCUUUCGCUGGGGGUAGUAUCAUCUUCUGUACCUUUAAUAUGCACCUUUCACCUGGAAAUGUGGCUAUAUUGUACCUUAUAGUAUAAUAAUUUAAGUUACAUGAAGAGAUCCUAAUUUGUUUUUUUUGUUUUGUUUUUAUAGAAAAGCUUUUGAAGGUACAUUGUAUACAGGUUUUUAGGUAAAAGAUAGGCACUAAUAGUACAAAAAAGUGUUCCUUGGAGUGUAUUACCUCAGUGUACGGUCUAGUACUCUUUUUUUUUUUUUUCUAGGAGUGUAUGAUAUUACAUACUACAUACGGAAUUACUUUUAAAAUGUUGUUUUUUGUUUUAUAUAAACAUAUAUAAAUUAUUCUAAAGACCCUACACAUCUACACAGCAUUUUUUUCUGUAGAAGACAUCACAUUCAAAUCAACUGGGUAAAAGGGCUGGAUAUGCAAACCGUGUUUCUGCAUUUUAGAUAUCCCUUUUAGUUAUCUUCCUCUGUUAAAAAGUUCGGCACAUACACCGUGCUUUAUUACUGGUAGUGAGAGCAUUUUUCUUUGUCUUUCUUUUGCCUCAUUAUGUCAUAUCCGAGGUAGACCCACGUGUGCUUUCGCUUAUCAUUUGAGCUUGCUCACUAAAUGUGAUAUGUGGAAAUGAUGCUUGUUGACUCUCGUCUCUGUCCAAGGCAAACUGCAUUGAAACUACCUGUGCUAAGGGCUAUCAAUCCCACACUCUUUCAUAUUUUUUGUUGCGACAAAUUCAUUUAUAAAGAGGAAAAUUAGGCUGCAUUUACAGGAUCGUUGAAGCGUGCGUGUCAGUUUCCUGACUUCUCACCCUUUUAAUACAUUUUCUUCUGUAUGAAAUACAAGUAGAUGAAUGUUAUUUGAAUGACUUUGUUUCAGGUAGAAGCUAGAAGCUCAGAAAAACAAUAAACGAUGAAGUGUGAUUUCUCUUCUAGCUAUAACAGGUCUUUUUGCUGUUGUAUCAUACAUGCUUAAAUUCGCAGCGCUAUAAAAACAUAAACUUUUUACACCCAUUUUUCCGUUCCUAACGGUUUCCGAUGGUAUUUCUCAGUUAACGAGUAAGUAUGAAUUCAGACGUUGAAUAGUUUCAUCAGUUUCUGUUGCCAGGGACCUAAAAAAACUUCAAUCAGGGGAGUAAGAUUAUUUCUCAAACUCUGUUGCUACAUACUGUAUUUCUUAUAAAGAGUGCAACAUUUUUCACAUAGAGUGUAUUUAAAGCUUGGAAUGUUCUUUCUGGAAAAAGCAAUUAUACAAAAUGUAACUGAACAUGUGACGUGUGAAUAGACUACAUGUAUUAAUGUUUACUGCUUGAUGAUUUAGUCUUGCACUUAAGGGGUAUUACUACUGGGGUUAAUCAAUUAUUCUAUAUAAUAUAGUUCAGCUUUCAACUUUAUCAUGUCCAAUAAAAAUAUUUUUAGUGUUAAAAUGUUUUGCUUUUAUUUUAUUUAUUUUUUUAAAUGUAAUGCGUUUUUCUUGUUGGACGAAAAUUCUUUGUUGCAUGUACAAACUUUUUUAUUUUUUCUUUUAAAUCCGCAUUAACACUGCCACCUUCACAGUGUGGGGAUACUGACAGCAACUGCUGUACACAAAAGCAUUACAAUUAUUACAAGCAACAGCGACAAUAAGGAGCCGUUAAGACGGCAUCGUGAAGGAGUGUUCCUCAUAAGAUAGUAAACAAACAAAAAGAUCUGCCAAAAAGACUGAUAACUUAAACGAUGUCACUUUCUUUCCUUCUUUUGAUGCUGAAUCGAAUCACCUCCUGGUGUGUGCUACUGUAUAUUUUUAUUUAUUUUUUAUCGUGCAAGAUAAUGAUAAAGUUGAAAGGUAUUGAUUUACAAAUUAAAGAUUGGAAACAUGUUUAAUGCAGGGUGUGUGUGUGUGUGUGUGCGCACUGGCAUACAUAUGUAUAGUGUGAGCUCAGAUGGAAUAUUUAUUUGAUUUAUUUGCAUGUCACGGUAAAAGUCUGUCAAACCAAUUCACUGUAAAUUUCUCAUUAACAAAAUUUGAACUUAGCCUUUUUGGAAAGAUCAUACACAAAUAAAAUCGAUUUUU